AUGGCGACUGGGGUCACAGACCCAGCUCCCAGGGAGAAACUUUAUCUGCAUUGGAGGAGACCUUACCAGGCUGGGGCUGGACUUCAGAAUAUGGGAAACACCUGCUACAUGAACGCGGCACUGCAGUGUCUGACAUACACACCGCCUAUUGCCAACUACAUGCUGUCCCAGGAGCACUCUCAAACCUGUCAUCACCAGGGAUUCUGCAUGCUGUGUAUUAUGCAAGCUCACAUCACCUGGGUUCUCCAGCAUCCUGGCAGCAUUAUACAGCCCUCGUAUGCACUGGCUGCUAGCUUCCACAGAAACGAACAGGAAGAUGCCCAUGAAUUUCUGAUGUUCACCUUGGAGGCCAUGCAGGAAGCAAGUCUGUCUGGGCAGAAGCACUUCGAUCAUCCCUCCGAGGACAGCACCCUAAUCCGUGCAAUAUUUGGUGGGUACUGGAGAUCUCAAAUCAAGUGUCUCCACUGCCAUAGCGUUUCAGACACCUUUGACCCGUAUCUGGACAUUAGCCUGGAUAUCAAGACAGCUCAGAGUGUGAGCCAAGCUUUGGAAGAGUUGGUGAAGCCGGAAGAGCUGGAUGGAGAAAAUGCCUACCAUUGCAGCGUUUGUCUAGAGAGGAGGCUGGCUUCCAAGACGCUGACUCUGCACGCGUCCUCCAAGGUUCUUAUCCUUGUGCUGAAGCGGUUCUCCGAUUUCACAGGUGAAAAAACUACAAAGGCUGUGCAAUAUCCCGAGUGUCUUGACAUGCAGACAUACACGUCCGAGCAGAACAGAGGCCCCCUCAUUUAUGGCCUCUAUGCUGUGCUGGUCCAUGCUGGCUCGAGCUGUCACAAUGGACAUUACUUCUGCUACAUAAAAGCUGGGAAUGGCCAGUGGUACAAGAUGGACGAUGCCGAGGUAACGGCCUGUGACGUGACAGUUGUGCUGAGUCAGCCUGCCUAUGUGCUAUUUUAUGUCCAGAAGAAUGAAUUAGGAAGAGGCGGUGGGCAAGUGUCAGGAGGAAGGGAAUCGAGAGCCCUUAGGGAUAAAGGAACUAACCUCAGAGCAACCGGAGGAGGAGUCAAAAGAGACUCCCAUAUCCUAGAAUCACAAGGGCACUUAGAGAAAACAAGCAAAGAGAUCACCUUCGACCAGUGGAAAUGUCUUCAAGAACAGAACCGACCAAAGUCUGGAUUGAAUCUCAGGAAAAUAGAUUUCACCCUGCCUUCCAAUGCAGCUGUGAUUCACCCAUCAAAAUACAGAGAUGAGAUGGGGAAAAACCAUUCCAAACCGGAAAAUUACCUGUCGAACAACUCAGCAAGAAACAUCACAGGUCAGUGGCCAGUGAGCACUGGAAAACACCCUUGCCUGGACAAGAGGGCUAGAAAUACAAAGAGGAAAAACAAGCAGAACACGAGGCCAUUGCUUGUGUUCCAGUAAUCUCAGUAUAAAAGUCUACGCACAUGCAAAGAUACAGACACAAUGGCACAGUAA